AUGGUAGAGAUUAGGGCUCAGAUGGGGACUAAUAUGGGUCCAUUUAUGGAAGCUAUUCAAGCCAUCGCCCAUGGACAAGAAGAGUUAAGGCAUCCUGUUCAGAGGCCAGAUGUUAUUGAUGAUCCAAGUGACGUUCAUCGAAAAGGUGUCAAUCUUAGCCAAGAGGUUCCUUUGAAUCAGAAUGUUAGAAACACUGUUCAAAAUCCUAUCAACGAGAUUCUACACCUUGAGAAUAUUUCUGUUUCGUCUUAUGAUACCUUUAAGUUCCCAACGGAUGAAGAUGUGGGUAAGUUUCGUCUUUUGGACAAGAGAUUAAAAGCUAUUGAGGAUCGUGAUUCCCUUGGUUUAGAUGCUGCUAGUUUAUGCUUGGUACCUGGUAUAAAGAUUCCUCCUAAGUUCAAAGUCCCCAAUUUUGAGAAGUACGAGGAUAGUCUUAGUGGGGCGUCUCUUGAAUGGUAUACCCAGCUUGAAAGGACCAACAUCCGAACUUGGAAAGAUCUAGCCAAAGACUUUUUCAAGCAUUACAAGCAUAACAGUGAUAUGGCUCCUACCAGAUUUCAACUUCAGGGUUUGACUCAGAAAGUUGAUGAGUCUUUUAGACAGUAUGCACAAAGAUGGAGAGAGCUAGCUUCCAGAGUUCAACCCCCCGUUUUGGAACGAGAACUUGUUGACAUGUUCAUGGGCACUUUGCAAGACCCCUAUAUGAGUCGGAUGGUUGGAUGUACCGCUUCUGAAUUCUCAGCCUUGGUUGUCAUAGGAGAAAGAAUUGAGAACGGUCUCAAGACUGGUAAGAUUCAGGAUGUUGCUACUACUUUUGAAUUCCCAGAGCAGGAUGAUGAAGAAACAAGUACAAUUUCUGAAGUUGAAGAAGAAGGUCAUGCUUAUUCUCCAGUUCAGAUCCCUUGUUAUCAGAUGACAGAAGUUACUCCUAAUCAGGAUGCUCCACAAAUUUGUGCUGCAACUAUUUUACUCGAACUUUCUUUAGUGGAAACCAAGCAGUUGGAUCCUGUUAUUCCUCCUUAUCCGGUGAAAUUUGAUCCCAACGUCAGAUGUGGUUACCAUGCUGGGGCACCUGGUCACUCAAUUGAAGACUGUAAGCCAUUCAGAGAUAAGGUACAAGACCUACUUGACUCGAAGACUAUUGUUUUCACACCAAACGGUCAGAAUUAA